AUGGGAGACAACACCCUCUUCUUCUAUGGGACCCUAAUGGCCCCACAAGUCCUCUAUCGAGUAAUCCACGGCCAAGCAAACCCAGAGCCCUGGCAAAAAGCCAUGCUAAGCUUCCAACCCGCAAUCCUAUACGGCUACCGACGCCAUCGCGUGCGGUUUGCCGAUUACCCAGGGAUAGUACCGGUGACCGGUACAGAGUCAGACAACAAGCCAUCAACUCCAUCAGCUUCAUCAGCAUCAUCUGCAGCUCCAACAUCAACCCACAACACAGUUCUAGGAAUCCUCGUGACAGGCCUAACAGAAGGUGAUAUCCACCGCCUCGACAAAUUCGAAGGAUCAGAGUAUACACAUAGAAAAGUCACCGUGCGGACCUUGCGCACGGUCAAGCACGCAGAGGCCGGAGAGGCAAGAGAUACUCUCAACGAUGGUGGCGAAGAGCAUUUGAAGGAUGUUUUGGAUGCGGCUAGUGCCGAGAAUACGUCUACGACUGAAGGCGAGGAAGUGGAUGCUAUGACAUAUGAGUGGAUUGGUGGGACGACUCGGCUUGAAGAGGCCGAGUGGGAUUUUGAGACGUUUAAGAAGGAGAGGAUGGCUUGGUGGGUUGGGGCGGACGAGAGUGAGUGGUAG